AUGGCUAAAAUCCCAGUUUCCUCUGAAGUGAGACGUUUCAGCGAAGGUAAAAAAGAUUGUGAAAUACAUUAUAGAACGUGAUCAUGAAAAUCUAACAGUUGAGAUCAGUGUCAAGAGGCCAGUUAAGCAUCAACAAGAAUCAGGAAAUUCGAUAGGAAAUUUAACGACAUACUGCUGUAGAAAAAUACACUCGUGACAGUCAAUGCAUAGAUAUUUAAAGCAACCACAAGAUAUCAGCUUUCAGUUUAGAUUCGAACAAAUAAAGGUUGGGAAAAUGCAUGAGAAAAGGUAAGUGAACACAAAGUGCUCCAGGGAUCUGAGGAAUCAUGAUCGAGAGAAACGAUUUUCUGUGAGAUUAAGUCUGCCCACUUUGCUAUUUCUCUCUCUGAAAUGCAGGAAAUAUUUAAUUUAUGGUGUUGUCUUUUUUGGAAUAAACUUCGUGUUAUUUGGAUCAAGCUGUUUUCUCCAAAACAAUUAGAAUUGGUUAAGCUCUAAGGGAAUGCAAAAGGUAAGCACACGUAGUAGCUGGAAAUUUUUAUUUCUUUUUUUUAGGGAAGUAUGGAAGCCGGCCUCAAUCACGUGCUGGUAACAGACCUCCCAGUAGCAGAUCUGUAGACAGUCCCUUACCGGCGUAUACAAAUGAUAAGACACAGGCAGCCCAACACAGAACUAAUAUAAUACAAAGUCAACCUCAUGUCAGAGGUAGUUUGUUACGUCGUCAUACUUCAGAGGACAUUUCACAUGGACAUGAGUUUUCAUUAGGUCAUGCAUCAUUUGUUCCACGACCUCCUUCAAGGACCUCUUCAGAAAAAUUAGAAUGUCGACCUAAGUCAGCUAAGGGACGAUUACGCCCCAGAUCUGGACUCAAAAAGGAGAGUAUAGCUUCAAGAGAGAACUUUCAGGUUGUUGGAGAGCAAGCAUCUUUCCCGACACCACUGAGAUCACAAUCAUCAUUUUCAAAGUACAAGCCACUUCCAUCAAUUGGUUCAGGUCAGAAAGUUGAGUCAGACUCAAACAAAUCACAACUUGUUCUGGAAAAGACAUUUGAUAAUAGGGAUGAUAGUGUUUUGCUACAGAAGACAGCUACUCUUUUAUUAGAAAAUUCACUUCCCAAUGAACCAGAUGAUUCAGAACCUGGAAGAAUUCAUCUGGCUAUAAAAUUAUUAGAUGGAUCACGUCAUGAAAGAUGGUUCAGAAACACUGAGACACUUGGCACAGUGCUGGCCUUUGCUCAGUCUUGUAGUAAAGACAGACUCCCUCUUUGCCAGUUCUUUACCAAUGAGGUACCACGACAGGUUUUUAAUAACUUUGAUGUCAGUCUGACACAAGCUGGUAUAAAUUCAAGAACAGUUCUUCACCUGGAAGACAUAUGA